AUGUUUUCUGCUAAUCUCACCACCUUUCAUCCCACUGUGUUCAUCCUACUUGGCAUCCCAGGACUUGAGCAAUACCACACCUGGCUUUCAAUUCCCUUCUGCCUCAUGUACAUCACUGCAGUCUUGGGAAAUGGAGCCCUCAUUCUUGUUGUCCUCAGUGAAUGCACCCUGCACGGACCCAUGUAUGUCUUCCUAUCCAUGCUGGCUGGCACUGACAUCCUGCUGUCCACAACCACUGUGCCCAAGGCCCUGGCUAUCUUCUGGUUCCACGCUGGGGAGAUAGCCUUUGAUGCCUGCAUUACCCAGAUGUUUUUCAUCCAUGUGGCUGAGUCAGGAAUCCUGCUGGCCAUGGCAUUUGACCGCUUUGUGGCCAUUUGUACUCCCUUGAGAUACACAGGCAUCUUAACUCCUAUGGCAAUUGCAAAAAUGACCCUGGCCAUCUGGGGACGGAGCAUUGGGACCAUUUUUCCUAUCAUAUUCUUACUGAAGAGACUUCCAUACUGUAGGACCAAUAUCAUCCCCCACUCAUACUGUGAGCACAUUGGGGUGGCCCGACUGGCCUGUGCUGACAUCACUGUCAAUAUUUGGUAUGGCUUCUCAGUGCCAAUGGCUUCAGUUUUGGUAGAUGUUGCACUCAUUGGUGUUUCCUACACUUUGAUCCUCCAAGCUGUGUUUAGACUUCCUUCCCAGGAUGCCCGGCACAAGGCUCUCAAUACCUGUGGUUCUCACAUUGGAGUUAUUCUCCUCUUCUUCAUCCCAUCCUUUUUUACUUUCCUGACCCACUGCUUUGGUAAGAAUAUCCCCCACCAUGUCCAUAUCCUUCUGGCAAAUCUCUACGUAUUAGUUCCCCCCAUGCUUAACCCCAUCAUCUAUGGAGCAAAGACCAAGCAAAUUAGGGACAGUAUGGCUCACAUGUUAUCUAUUGUGGGGAAGUCUUAAGACAGCUCAUGGUUCCUUCAUAGUUUUCUCUUACCAGUAGGAGAAAGGAGAACUUGUCAACCAAGU